UUUCCAAGAUGGCGGACGUGGUUGAAGAAAAAAAUAGCAAAAAAAUUAAAAAAGACGUUUAUAUACCACAAUCAGCUCAAGAUGUACAACGAAUGAAAAUAGAAAAACUUAUGAGCAAUCCAGACAAACCUGCUUAUAUCCCAGUUCCAAAGAAAGAAUGGAAACCGUCGGACCCGAAAGAUUUUGUUAGAUUUGUUAUGGGAUCAAGUGCAGGAGCAGGUAGUGGAGAGUUUCAUGUUUACAGAGCAACAAGAAGACGAGAAAACAACAGACUAAAAUAUAUUGAUGACAAGGCCAAAAAGGAAGAUGCAGAUUCUGAAUACCAGAGAAAACAAGAAGAAAAUGAAGCAAAAGCUGAGGAAAGAACAGCAAAGAAAAGAACAAAGAGGUUUUUAUGGAGCUCAAGC